AACUGUACUUCCUUACUGAUGUAGUUUACACUACACAUCAAUAAUUCUGGUUUCACAACCUCACUUUGCUCUCUGACAUGGUAGAUGUGAAACAUUGGUUUAAACAGGCCAACUCAGAUGUUGCAGCGACUCCAGUAGGUUCUCCUGAAAACAAUCUGCUGAGGAAGAUGGAGAUUCUGAUAUUCAGUUGAACCACAGAAUGGACCCAAGUUGUCCAGUCCAGCAGCCUGAUUCGGACACACAGCCCCAGAGGACCAGAUUUUCUGGUUUUUGGAGUGUACCUUUCUCAAAGUCUGUAUCAAGCUCCAAAGAAGUCCUCAAUUUAGGGACAGAGAUUAAGACAAAGUUUAGCAUCAUGGACCUUGGGCUUCUCCAUGAAAAUAGAAACUCUUCUUUGUUUUACCUAAAGGAGAAAUGCCAGAGGGAAGCUGCCUACCUUUUCAAGUUGGAGCAGUCCUUCAAGAACUCACUGAAUGAUCUGAAUACUCACAUUCUAAAGCCUCUUGUCAAGGCUGAAACUUCUGAUCAAAAGAACCGGCCACAGCUGAGAAACGCUCUCCUGGUCUUGGAGGAGAGUUUGGAGGCUCUCUUCAAUGAAUCAGAAGAACAUUGCCUGCAUCUUGCAGAUACUUUGGACACUUCGACCCAAAGGGAGCUCUACCUACUCAAAAACACACAACGGCUCAAGCGAGUUUACAUUUGGUACUUCACGGCGUUCACAAACUAUGUUGUUCUCUGUGGCUUUGAACACAUUGCAAAACAAACAAGUGACUAUUGGAAGAAGAAUAAGAAAACUUUGAAGGGAUUUCCCAUUGAUUUAUGCUCAAACACCUCACUUGCGGUGAGCCUGCACCAAGUCUUCCAUCAGCCCAUAAGCCUACAGAUCCAGAAGUACAUCGACGUUCUCCGGAAACUCAGCUGGGGAUUGAAAAAGAAUCCAGAGACAAAACCCAUUACUGAUGCACUUGCGAAUGUUAUAGAUCUGGACAAAUGGAUCCGACAGACACUGGAUGUGGCAGCUCUGACCAAGACCCUCUGGAACUCCCUUGGAAGCAAAUUAACAGAGCUCUUGUUUCUUCCAGAGCGCCGUCUGAGAGAAGACAGCAAAAACAUUCCACUGUCCUCUCCAGAUGGCAGGUUCUUGCUCUUCGAUGACAGCCUGGUGAUGAUUCAGGGUUGUGAAAGUAGCAUCUACAAGCUUGACACACUGUGGGUGGAAGCAUUGGAUAACAUUAGCUCUAAAAGAAAUCAAUUGAAGAUCAUUGUCCCAGAGGAAGAAUUUAUAUUCACCAUGCAAGAUUCCCAGGAUAAGACGGUAUGGCUUUGGAAGCUGAGCCAAGCCAUUCGGCAGCACCUAGAUGGCAAACUGGAUUUCCCUUUGUGGGGUGAAGAUGGUUCUGAGAAUUCAUGCAAUGUGCCUGCUUGUCGUUUUGCUGCCUACACUUUUAUCAACAAUCCUCGAUUUAAGGAUGCAGUCUAUGAGGGAGACUGGUAUCAGGGGAAACCCCAGGGCAGUGGGAUCAUGAAAUGGCCAGAUGGACGAAAUUAUGCUGGAAAUUAUGAAGAAGGUCAGGAACAUGGGUUUGGUGUAUAUGUUACCCCUGCAGGGCCAGAGAUCUUUGACUGUUAUAAGUGUCACUGGAAAAGAGGGAAGAUGCAUGGCUAUGGCAUCUGUGAAUAUGGAAAUGGAAUGAUUUACAAAGGGUAUUUUCAAGACAAGCAACAGCAUGGAUUUGGAAUUCUACACAGCUCUCGAUUGGAAAAAUUUCCCUUUAAGUAUGUGGGACAUUGGGAGAACGAUAAGAAAGCUGGAUUUGGAGUAUUUGAUGACCUUGACAGGGGAGAGAGGUACAUGGGCACUUGGCUGGAAGACUGCAAGCAUGGGAAUGGCAUUGUUAUCACGCAAUCUGGGCUUUGCUACGAGGGCAACUUUCAAUACAACAAGAUAGUGGGUCCUGGAACAAUUCUAUCAGAGGAUGAUUCUGCCUAUGAAGGAGAGUUCACAGAAGAGCUGGUUCUAACUGGAAAGGGAAAGCUCACCUUUAGUAAUGGAUAUAUCAUAGAGGGAUUGUUCAGCAGCAAAUGGGGAAGUGGCUUGAAGGCCAAUGGAACAUUCUGCAAACCCAGUGAACAGUUAAACCCUUUGAUCACCAGCAAAAUGCAGCUGGGCAGCCACAUAACCCCAGCUAAAGAUCGAUGGCAGGGAAUCUAUGACCAGUUUAUGGAUUUCCUUAGCUCUGGCUCUGAUGAAACUUCAGUAGAGUCUUUCCUCGGGUUUUACUCAAAGAACAGAGGAAAACAGAAAAAUCUGAAGAGCAGACCAAUAGCCACGGAAGUGGAAACUGCCAUGGAACAUUCUACUGAAGAUCCUCUAGAUUUUCUGUCUUGCAACAGGCCAAAUGGUGCUACCUCUGAGAAACUCGCAUCAAAUCAGUGUAACGUGUCAAAGGGGCAACAGUUGAAAGAGUACCUGAGUAAGGCCUUUGCAUCUUCCCAUCAUCCUCUUGGAAAACUACUCCAGACAUUGAUUCUGGUUUUUCAGGACACAUUUUCUGGGAUUUGUAUGCAUAAGCGGUUACUCUCCAUGGCACAGCAAGAAGUUGUGUCCCAUGCCAAGAAACUCUUUCAGCUGGCCAGCUAUUUCUUGCCGACGUUACUGGAGAAAGACGAUUCUUUCACUGAAGGUACAAUCAGAGAGAACUUAAAUGCUUACACAGUGACUCUUCCCCUGAUUUUACCACGGUUCUAUCCUGAUCUCUUCAUGUUGUAUAUGCUGUACCAUGAAGUAGAGGAUUCACGGUACUGGAAGGGAAUACUGUACCUGGAACUUCUCUCUGACACCAAGCUGCUGGAACUCCUUGAGGUACAAAAGGACUUAUGGCCUCUUCAAGACAUCCAUCUGACAAACAAACAGAGGAUCUCCGUUGUGAAAGAUGUCUGCUUCACUUCUGCCAUCUUGUGUUUUCAAAAAAUAAGUACUACGGCAGACCCUCAGGAUAAGCUGGACACCCUCAUGAAAACAUAUCAUGAGAUUGAGAGCACAGUAACCCGAGUGCUAAACAGGGAGUACAGUCUCUCCAUGGAUGACCUGCUGCCACUGCUUGUUUACGUGGUUUCUAGGGCAAGAAUCCUGCACUUAGGUGCAGAACUCCACCUAAUACGAGACAUGAUGGAUCCUUCCACUGAGGGCGGGAUGAAUGACUUCUUGCUUACUGCUCUUGAUUCUUGCUACCAGCAUAUUCAAAAAGAAGAACUACGGUCCAGGAGCUUGCCUAAAUGAUGUCUAAUGACACAAAGGGAAUACUUCGACCCAGGAAUGCAACACGGACAACACUACAGGAACAUAGGACAGCAUGAAAAUUUAAUGUAAUUGUAGGCGAACAGUUCCUCCACCACCAUUUCACAUGAAGUGUAAAUAGAAUCAGGCAAAAUCUGAUUUACUGCUGGAGGGUCCCUCAAACUCGAAGUUUCACUUCAAGUACAGGGUGUCUCCUUAGCAGCGGAAAAGACUCAACUGUAAGUAUAGGAUGGAGAUAGGUUACCAAAAAAAAAAGAGAUAAUGGCUAGAUGGCAGGAAGUGAGGCAAUAAUUAAUUCAAAAAAGGCAACAUUAAAGUCUUCCAUUUUAAUUUGUAAGGAAGUGACUCCGUAGCUGUAGCUACUAUGAAUUAAAGUGUUCAGCUCCAGAGCUUCCCACCCUGGAACAGAGAAUUUGUUACUGGAUGAGUAAUGAGUGGCUUGAGCAAAUGAAUGAUGUGGAUUGCCAUUAAAAAAAAAAUUGGUUCACUACCUCUUUUUUUUAGGGAAGGAAAUGAUGCUCAUAUCCUGAGAAUAAAUUCAUUGGCCUUUGAAUUUAUUCUCAGGAUUUGAGCAGCACUGGCAUUUAUUGCCCAUUCCUGGUGGCCCUGAGAAUGUAGUGGGCAAUAAAAGCCAGACAACCAGAGAUGGACAAUAAACUUAUACGGAGGUGGUGAUGUAGUGGUAUUGUCACUGGACUGGUAAUCCAGAGACUCAGGGGACCUGGGUUUGAAUCCCACCAUGGCAGAUAGUGGAAUUUGAAUUUAAUUAAAAAAAAAUCUGGAAUUAAAAUUCUGUUGUAAAAACCCAUCUGGUUCACAAAUGUCCUUUAGGGAAGGAAAUCUGCUGUUCUUACCUGGUCUGGCCUACACGUGACUCCAGACCCACACCAUGCUGUGGAGGGAAAGAACAAGAAUUGAAGAAUCGCUGAAAUAAAUUUAAAAUGGGUCUUAAUAAAAUUUGAAACAAGUCUCAGGCAUUCAAGGUAUUGUUUGAUCCCAGGCUGGCUUAUAAAGCACUAGGAAUACUUGAAUUGGAGAUUACUGGAAAGAUGAACAGAUUGGAUGGUUGUCCUUCAUCCUUUCUUAUGCCUUAUUCUCAAGCUUUCUUUCAGUCUUAGACCUCUACGUCUGUUCCCCCCCCACCAUAAACCCACACCCGCCAUGUGAACUCCAUAGCUGUUCCCCCAGUAUGCACUAUGUAAGAAUAUAGGAGCCUUUUGAGCAAAGCUUUUGAAACCCGGCCAAGCAUUCAUAAUGGAACAAUUGUCAUAACAAAAGCUUCCAACUCCACUGGCAGAACAGAUAUCUAUUUCCAUUUCUAAGUAGAGCGCCUGUCCAUCAAUGGAGGGGGAGCAGUUACAGUCCAUUUUUUCAACCUUCAGAAGUUUAAAAAAACCAGAUUUGCCUGUCCAAUUAAAUCAGAGCACAAAAACAUGACAGCAGAAGACCUUUUUUUUACAUUUUCCAAUACAUUAUGGUACUCUGUCCAUUGGAAAAAUACUGUAAAGCAUGUCAGCAAUUACAUAACACUGGUUAAUGUAAGGGUAAACUUACCUUUGCAGGGCAGAUCCUUGUGAUGAAUCACUGCAUUAAAACACAGCUACAUUACAAUACAGCACACAAUAAUGCCCCCCUUUUGAAGGUGUGAAAGCAGUUUACACUUACACUUACCUUUUGGAAUAUUCUGGACUCCUCAGGAGGCUUUCCAUUUUCUUUAUGAAUGGCCAAACCUGGUGUGCUUUUAAUGAGCUUGAUUUCAGUGAGGGUGGGUGUGAGUUUUGCACAUUUUGUACAAAAGGCCAGAGGAAAAUGGUAUGGCAUGGGGAAUGUGGAGGAGAAUCAGAUUUCUUCCAAAAAAAAGUGGUCAUUCAUGACCCCGAACCCAGACAAAUUUGGCCCUUAGGGGCCAAUUUAUUUGCAUCACUUGUAUCAACUAAUUUCCCUUUGCAACAACUGCAAUUUUCUUUAUGUGGAAUGCUACACAGAUUUCUAUACACUCAUUCAAAGACUCAGAUCUGCCAUGAUGAGUUCCUAAAGCUGGGGUGAAACUGAAAAACUUGUUGGUUUGCUGGUCCCAAAUCUGCAAUUUCAUCUCACUCAUUUGUGGGUACAGCUCAGUCACUUUUACUGUGGGGGUGUGUGUCUGCCUGUAAUUGGAACAAACACAAAGCUAAGGGAAUCAAUGAAUGACAAUAUGUUUGUAUAUUAUGCUUUUGUAACCAAAUAUUUUAAUGUUUAUCAGAUAUUGCAGAUUAUACUACCGUGAAUAAAUUUUUUGCACUUUUA